UGACUACUUCCUGUGUGGCUACGUGCUGGUGACGUCUUCACUUCGAACACUCCCUGCUCCCAGAAGAACAGGGAGAGGGAGAAAGAUGGCGCCCACACACGUACUGAGAUGCUGUCAACGGGGUUUAGCCUGGAUCCCUGUGAUUUUUAUCGCCCUUGUCGUCUGCUGGUCCUAUUACGCUUACGUGGUGGAGCUUUGUUUAUACACCAUUACUAUGAUGGGAGAGCGGAUUGUCUACCUGAUCUUCUUCCACGUCUCUUUCGUCAUGUUUGUAUGGUCUUAUUGGAAGACCAUCUUCACCAAGCCUGCCAACCCUUCCAAAGAGUUUUGCCUGCCAAAAGCCGAGAAGGAGCGCUACGAGAAGGAGGAGAGGCCAGAGUCCCAGCAGGAGAUCCUGUGGAGAGCCGCCUCCACGCUGCCUAUGUACACUCGCACGGGCGCCGGAGCGAUCCGCUAUUGCGACCGCUGUCAAGUCAUCAAGCCAGACCGGUGUCACCACUGCUCCGCAUGUGACAUGUGUGUGCUGAAGAUGGAUCACCACUGUCCUUGGGUGAACAACUGUGUCGGCUUCUCUAACUACAAGUUCUUCAUCCUCUUCCUGGCCUACUCGCUGGUGUACUGUCUGUUCAUUGCCGCCACGGUUCUACAGUAUUUCAUAAAGUUCUGGACCCUUUGUCGUAGGAAAUCGGCAGAGAACUGCCCAAAGGUAACCCAGCCGUCCUCUAAAGCCAGGAGUUUUGCAUGCCGUCGUGAUACGCAUGCAGUGACAUGGUUCUCAUCCUUCUGUUGCCUGCGUUGCUUUAUCCUUUCCUCCUUUCUAAAAAUGACCAUCCCUGUAAAUUUGUUAUCGAUCCCCGUUUCCCUCUCCUCCCAUCUCUUCCCACAGAAUGAGCUGAAUAACUCUGCCAAAUUCCACGUCCUGUUUUUGUUUUUUGUGGCGGCCAUGUUCUGCAUCAGUAUUCUCUCCCUCUUCAGUUACCAUCUGUGGCUCGUAGGGAAGAACAGAUCCACAAUAGAGGCAUUCAGAGCGCCGGUCUUCAGAACAGGCUCGGAUAAGAACGGUUUUUCUCUGGGCUUCCGGAAGAACAUCGCUCAGGUCUUCGGCGACCAGAAGCAGUACUGGCUGCUGCCGAUCUACACCAGUCAGGGGGACGGUCUGACGUUUCCCACCCGAUUGGUCAACGCUGAUGCAGAGCAGGCCACUGUCACUCUGCAACCUGAUUCCAAUAAAUGCGUGCCAGAGGUCUCCGUGAGCCCCCUCAGUGAGUCGCAGAACCGCCUUCUGAGCAAUGAGCAGCAGGCCAACAACGCUGAAGACCACCUGGCCGAAAACGUCCUCAAAUCAGCCGAGAGUGAAACCGUCACCAUGGAGAGUGAGUCCUAACCAGGAGAAACACAUGUCAUCUAAUGUGAUGCCUUAAAAAAAACAACAACAAAAAAAAAACCAAACAGUCUUGUUCAUCACCGUGGCAACAGUCCCAAUAAGUGGAUUCCUCACGGACACAUUCAGAGAACCUUUUUGGAAACGCAGUCCACUGGCACAGGGCACCACAGUAUUGCUUUAAUAGCCUUGGCGUUUUUGCAUGCAGUGUUGGACGGACAUCUCUUAAACACGGGUUCCCCAUCACCACACUCGGCGCGGACGCAUUUCUCUCCUUUUGUUUUGCAAGUGUAUGAAGAUCUACAGGACUCUUCAGUUGAACUGUUCUUUUGUUUUUUUGUUGUUGCUGUUUUUUUUUUAAAUAUAAUUAUGUUUAUUUUUGUGCCAAAAGCCUCCACGAUGCACCUGAUCUCAGACGCGCCGAGCGCGCUGUAAAAUUUUUCAGCGUAUUUUUUUUUUUUUAAACCAACUCAUAGUGGAGAUGGAUCAUUGCUUCCCAUUCUGUGCAUCUCAUCUUUAAAAACAAAUAAUUAUAAAGCUGGAGUGAUUUUUUUUUUUUGUUUUUUUUGUUUUUUUGUUUGUUUUAUGCACCUUUUUGAGAUGGAUGUUUCUGCCACCAAAAAGCUGGACCGUUGCAGAGGACUCUACCCCACGGUUCAGUGGACUGUGCCUGUCCUCGGCAUCAAAGACUGGAGCCAGACUUUACGUGGCGAGAUAUUUGAGCACAAGAUGGCGCAUUUGCACUUCGUUGAUAUUAAUUGUCCAACAAAACAACAUUCUCUUUUCCUUCUUUUUUUUUUUUUUUUUUUUUUUACUUUAA